GUACAUAUCACGUGAUGUAGCAGAGUUGAAGUGUGUUUGUUUGCAGUUGAAACUUGCGUUGUGGUGCUUUCGACGAUUCCAAAUUACCUGAACAUGGCUUCGGAAGAUGAUGAUGUUUCACGCGGGUUUUGUGACUAUGUUCUGACAUUUCUGUCUUUCCUUAUCUUCGUUUGCACUCUGCCUUUUUCAUUGUGUUUUACUUUGAAGAUUGUGCAGGAAUAUGAGAGAGCAGUUAUGUUCCGUCUUGGUCGAUUACUUCCUGGAGGAGCAAAAGGGCCAGGGUUAUUCUUUAUUCUGCCCUGUAUUGACUCCUAUCAGAAGGUGGAUUUGAGGACAGUGUCAUUUGAUGUCCCGCCACAGGAGAUUCUGACCAAAGACAGUGUAACUGUUGCAGUGGAUGCAGUUGUUUAUUUCCGCAUCAGUGACCCAACCAUGUCAGUUACUAAUGUGGAAAAGGCUGACCAGUCAACUCGCCUGCUUGCGCAGACAACACUGCGGAAUUUUCUUGGCACCAAGAAUCUCAGUGAAAUUUUGGCAGACCGUGAAGAGAUCAGCCACGCCAUGCAGACUUCUCUUGAUAGUGCUACAGAUCCUUGGGGUGUUAAAGUGGAACGUGUUGAAGUGAAAGACGUACGUCUUCCUCAACAGCUGCAGAGAGCUAUGGCAGCAGAGGCUGAAGCUACUCGUGAUGCUCGUGCAAAGGUCAUUGCUGCUGAGGGUGAACAGAAUGCAUCUCGGGCAUUGAAGGAAGCUGCUGACAUCAUUUCAGAGUCUCCUUCUGCUCUUCAGCUGCGAUACCUACAGACACUGACGUCCAUUUCAGCUGAGAAGAAUUCCACCAUUAUUUUCCCACUCCCUGUUGACUUUCUGAGCAGAUUUUUGCCAGAUGAAAAGAAAUGACUAGGCAGCCAAAAACAAGAAAUUGAGGAACACUCUUUUGAAUCACCAUUGACUGAAGUUAGUGUUCUGUAAACAAAACUUGCUCUGAGAACAUUUAAAAAAUACACAGUGCUGUACAUAAUCCUGCUCAUACCACAGUAAGCAGUUAUAUAUCAUAUUGAUUAAUACAUUGGAAUCUUCCGUCAGAUUAUUUUAACUUGGCCAAUAAUUAAGCCAACAUCAAAUUUGUUGACUACAUUUUCUCUGUUGAUGAAUUUAUUGUUAAGGUUAUACAGGGUUCGUACAGGUCAUGGAAAACCUGGAAAGUCAUGGAAUUUCAAAUUUUCAUUUUCCAGGCCUGGAAAGUCGUGAAAUUUAGGUGUAGGUCAUGGAAAGUCAUGGAAAAUCAAUAUGCUCUCUAUGGGUGAAAGGCAAUAAUAAUAAUUAUUUAAACAAUCUUUAAGGAGGAAGUGCCCGUCACAUAAAUACGUGGUUUUCAGGGAGGUCCUCCGUAAAAAUACGACCCAAAGUUGAAAAGUUAACUGACGAGUCCAAAAAUCAGCUUUAAUUUCAUUAUAAAUAAACAGAAGCACACAUUGUGAGAAUGUUUGCAAACAUAAAUUGUUUUUUUAUCAUUACUGUCAGAGAACAAUACCAUUAUUUAUUGCUUACGGUAGGUCAUGGAAUCUUUCAAAAGGUCAUGGAAAAAGUCAUGGAAAGUCAUGUAAUUUUAACAGGUCGAAAGUGUGCGAACCCUGUCAUAGUUUUGAUAAAAAUUUUAAAACAGUAAAUUGAAUUAAAUACACUGUUUUGAGUGUAUAAAAGUAUAUGGUAAAUAGAUUCACCUUCUAGUGGCAGAAUAAAUGAGCAGUCUAAUACUGCGUGGUGUGUGGUUAAGUGAAAAUCACAAACUAGAAGUGUUCAAAGGUCUUUCUGAUUGAGUGCUGUGGGACCAAAUUAAAGUUAUCACCUCAGGAGAUCAAAGCAGAGAGAACCUCUACAACCAGUGAGAACUCAAAGUCUGUACACUCCCAG